GGAGCUUUCGUUCGGUCGGCGACAUACGCACGUAGGUAUAACGACCUUUCCGCAGCCGCGGAAGAAACAGAAAAUAAUAGAAGAGAAAAAACAUCCACAGAAAAAAAUUCAGUUUUCCGCUUUCGGAAAUAGUGCAAGCGAUAUUCGAUCGCGAGAGAUGCAAUGGUAAACAGCCGGCGCUCAUUGCGAGGAUAGUGCGGAACAGCGCAGCUGCCGCUCGAGAAUGGCGGCGUACAAAUUGUCAAGAAGAACACGUUCGGAUUCCUCGGUGAAAUAAGUAGCGACGAAUAUCGAGAGUAAAGCCGCUGUAUGCAAUCCAACUGAGGAAGACUUGUUUUAGACUUCCAAACUCCCACGGUCGUUUCCAUGAUGAAAUGAAACUUUUGUCGCACCUGUUGCGUGACAGGUGUAGUUUUGACGGAUGCGCGCGCUCGACCGGAAUGUGAAGCUUUACUCGUGACGCAUGCCGUUUUCAAUCUUUCGCGUGAGAUGUUGCUCGACGACACAGUCCUCGCGUUCCUGGAAAACUUGAACAAAAAAAAAUGCGAUCGCUCUUUCGUGCUAAUCGCGUGUCGAACAAAACGCGCAGAAUGCGCGUACGGCGGAAAUGUUCAGAGAUGAAUUCGCGGCGGAACGGAAAAAUUUGUCGCGAGUUGUGAAGAGGUGUUUGUUGAAAAAAAAGGCGUAAUAGAGCGAGCCGUCAAAAUGGAUGACGCGCUCAACAUUAGCGAGAUUCAGAGAAUCUGUUUACUGCCGGAAGAUCUGGAUAUGUUGGAGGAUCCUCGAACGCAGACUUUGAGAAGAGUUAGUUACGGUAUCGUGUUGCCCACUAUUUGUAUCUUCGGCAUAGUCGGGAACAUCCUGAAUCUCAUAGUACUCACGAGACGAAAUAUGCGUGGCACAGCUUACAUUUAUAUGAGAGGUUACUCCGCGGCAGCGCUUCUUGCGAUCUUUUUCUGCAUCCCGUUUGCGCUCAGGGUUCUCAUUCACAAAGAGAAUGGCGGGUGGAGCAGUUGGCUGCAAGCCUUCUAUCACGCUCACCUCGAACUAUUUCUCGGGAACGGAUGCCUGGGAGUUGGAGUAAUGAUGCUUCUGGCAUUGACAGUGGAGCGUUAUGUAAGCGUCUGUCAUCCCGGACAUACGCGACCACUAUGCGGACCCCCUCACUUGACGGUAGUGCUCAUCCCCCUGGCUACAUUUCUCGUUUAUCUGCCGAGUGUAUUUCGAGGUGAAAUUACGACUUGCCUCCUGGAACCCAGCGGCCCUCUAAUCUACCAGAAGAGAGAGAAUCAGUCGUUUCUCAACUCGUGGUACUAUCAGGUGUACAAAGUGGUGCUUGAGGUGGUUUUUAAAGUCGCGCCGACGAUUUUUCUCGCCGGAUUCAACUUGAGAAUAAUGAUAGUGUACAGAAGGUCCUGUGAGCGACGUCGCAGAAUGACCUUAUCGAGAACCGUUAGCAACGACGAGGAUCCCAGAACUUUCGCCGAAGAGCGAAGGCUCAUUUUGCUUCUGGGUAGUACCAGUAUCCUGUUCCUAGUCUGUGUCAGCCCUAUGGUUAUUUUGAACGUCACUCUCAGCGAGAAAAACCUCAGCAAUUAUCCUUACCAGGUGUUUCGCGCGCUGGCCAAUUUGCUGGAAGUGAUCAAUUAUUCGAUCACAUUUUACAUUUAUUGUCUCUUUUCCGAAGACUUUCGAAACACGCUGAUUCGCACCCUGCAGUGGCCCUGGAUCAAGAGCAUGCGGAACGGCGGGCGGCUACCUAUGAAUCGUUCUCCGAUACCAAAACCGACGACAACGACAACGACAACUCCGCCGACCACCGCGGUCGCGACUCCCGGACAUCUGGCUCGCGCUAGCGUUUAACACAAAUUUUUUGCCAUCGAUCCUACCGUCCGAACCAUUCACGGUUCGGUGGAACAAAAAGAAGUACGCGAGAGAGAUCAGCGUACCGUGAAACUGUAAAUGUCGGGAGCAAUUCAAUUGUAUAAGAAUUUAAAAACUGUGUGUAUAAAAUAAUCGAAUAUUCAAAUAAUAUACAAGAAAAAAAACAUUGAUUUUACGCAGACGUGUUGAAUAAAUCUCGCUUCUGCGUACACGACUUGACUUUGUGUGACAACGUGAUAUCGCGUGAUAAGCUCUUGAAAAAUUCUUACGAUGAUUAAAUUAAACAGUUGUUGUUUUUCCGACUGAAAAAUAAUUACAUCGGAAAACUGCAUCGUACUUCAUCACAGUUUCUCGCCGGCACUUCUUACAACUCUCCCGAUUCUUACAAGCUGAUUUGCAACGGAAUAUGCCAACUAUGUGUGUAUUCUAUAUGCCGUCAAACUUGGGAAUAGUUGCAGACUAACCGGAAUACACAACCGUAUUCGCGGAACAUUCCUGCGCACUAUGGCUAAAGUCGGGCGUGUCUACGUGGCUGCUAUAUUUGAACAUCUGACUAUUUCGGAGAUCAAAUCGACCGACCCGAUUAAAUUACGUCUGAUAUCCAAGCAUCUCUCUCUCUCUCUUUUUCUCUCUCUCUCUCUCUCACUCUCUGUAUGUAUGUGUAUAUAUUUCAACAUCGAAUAAUGCAUGAUUUGACUUGCUUAGAUAUCGCACGGAACGCUAAAAUACUCGGACGAGUUGUUGCGAGACAACGAGCAGAGUACAUAAAGGCAAAGGGAUUUCGUGUAAGCUGUCCCCGGAAGUCCCAUGAGGCUCUUUCGCGCUCGAAAGUACAAGCUAGAAAAGUUUUCAGCGCCGUCGAUCGCUUUAUACGAGAACAGAGAUGAGAGAGGAAAGAGGCGGAAGAACGAAAGGCGAGAAAGGAAAGUGCGGACGGAAAAGAAAUGGUGCUGUGAGAGUCGCUGCAAUACGUUCGUGCGGCAUUGUGACGAAGCGAGUGGAAUUUAUCAGAAUUCGCGUGGGGACGCGGCGACAAGACUUGUGCAUUGGAUCGCGAGCGAUCGCCGUUGCUGCUGGAAAUUAAAAGGAGGAGUGCUCGGGAAAACAGACAAAUUGAAAAGAAAAGAGAAAAAUAAAUCAAAAUGUAUCAAGUACCUGAUAGUAGACGAGAUCUUUACUGCGGAAUUUGUUUGAGCGAGAUCGGGGUUGAAAGAAACUACGUUAAUUCGAGAUCACAAGAAACGAGAAGAUCGAGAACGUACAAGGUGUGCCAAAACAUUUACUCCGCCUAAAUGAACAAGCGACAAGUUUUUGAGAAAUAAAUAUUUUACGCUGCACGAUGAACCGUCGUUAUUUAUUUCUAUGUUAAUGUUAUAUUAAUUAAACUGCUGAGUAGUAGUGAAAAGUAACGUUCGCUGUAGGCAAUCGAUAUGAAUCUUUUAUACUGCGAUGUAUACUCUCGCCGUCAGCCAGUGUAAGUUACGUUCGAUUAAAGCGAUUUAUUAUAUAAUAAAUAUAGUAUAAUCUCUCUCUCUCUCUCUCUCUCUUUUUCUCAUUUCUUCGAUAUCGCGCGACUGGGGAAUUGAAUUUCAAAAGAGUCCACAUAUUUUUCUCCAAGUAUAAAAAAAACAAAAGCGUAUCGCGCAAGUUACGAACGUACAAAGCACGUAGGUCGAUUUUCUAACGACAAGGAAAUUGCUUACGAUAAUAAUAUUCCAUCGAACUAUAAGCUAUCUGAAGUAAAUUGCUACUUUGUGGUUACGCGUUUCCAAAAUAGAGACGCUAUAUUUUCUCACGCCACCGGGGAAUCGAUAAUUAAAUUCGUCGCUACAGGUUCGCGCGGGUUCUUGGUUCGAUGGUAAUAUUAUUUUCGCUUGUUUGAAUGUAAAUUUCACAAAGAACACCUCGCGGCGCGAUACUCGGUUUUCCAGACAUCGGCGCACGUUUGGCACAAGCUUCGCGCG